CUCACCACAAUAAAACACAACAUUUAACACGACCAACACAUCAUGUACACAAUAGACACACACACACUCAAAGAAAAUCACAGUCAACAUGUUCUCCAACAUCGGGAUCGUUGGCGCCGGCAACAUGGGCUCCAUGAUGGCCUUUGCCUUCAACGAGCUCGGCCUCGACGUCUCCAUCUGGGACGUCAAUCCCAAGAACCUCGACGGCAUCCGCCAGUGGAUCGACCAGGGCCAGUUCACCGGAAAAGGCAAAAUCCAAGCUUUCAAUGAAGUCGAUCAAUUCACCCAAAGCCUUGGCAACGACCAAAAACUCUUCAUCUUCUCCAUCACUCACGGCGACCCCGCCGAUUCCGUGCUCGACAAAAUCCAAGACAGCCUGCAAAAGGGCGACAUCAUCCUCGACGGCGGCAAUGAACACUAUCGUCGCACGGAACAGCGCCAGAAACGCUGCGCCGAGCGUGGCAUCAGCUGGAUUGGAAUGGGCGUCUCCGGGGGAUACCAGUCUGCCCGUCAUGGCCCCAGCCUCUCCCCCGGAGGCGACCCCGACGCCAUCAACCUCGUCCUCCCGCUGCUGGAGAAAUACGCCGCCAAAGACACAAAGACCAAGCAACCUUGUGUCACCAACAUAGGACCCGCCGGGUCGGGCCAUUUCGUCAAAAUGGUCCACAACGGCAUCGAGGGCGGCAUGCUGUCCACCGUCGCCGAGGCCUGGUCGCUUCUGCACCACGGGCUCGGCCUUCAGUACGAAGAGAUCGCGGAUAUUUUCGAGCAGUGGAACUCGGAAGGUGAGCUACGCAACAACUUCUUGUUGGACAUCGGCGUGCAGAUUCUCCGCACCAAGAAGACGCCUCAAGGCGACAAGCAAGGCGAAGGCGCCAGUCAAGAGGGAGGCUUCGUCCUCGACGACGUCCUCGACAAGGUGGUCCAGGAUGACGACGACACGGAAGGCACCCCUUACUGGUCCGUCAUGGAGUCGGCCGCCCGGCACGUCUCCGCGCCCACGCUGGCCACGGCGCAUUUCCUACGCAUCGCCAGUGGCAACCGCGCCGAGCGGCUGGAAGUCGCCCGGAAGUUGGACCUCCCCAAGCCCAAACCGCUCGAGAACAUCAAGGACAAGAAGACGUGCAUCGAGAAGAUCCGCCGCGCAGUCUACUGUGCCUUCCUCGCCUCGUUCUGUCAGGGCUUGGAGUUGAUCGCUCGCGCCUCCAACGACGAAGGAUGGAACGUGGACCUCAGUAAGUGUCUGCAGAUCUGGCGCAACGGCUGCAUCAUCCAGUCCGAGGCGAUCGCCGACCUGCUGCAGCCCGCCAUGACCGAGUCUCUGACCAACGUCAAGUCUGUGGACAAGGUGGCGCAAGAGUUGCACAAGCAUUUCGAUGCGCUGAAAGACACCGUGCUGGCCUCCACGGUCGCCGACCACUAUACUCCGGCUCUUUCGGCCACCUUGGAGUAUCUCAAGUAUGAGGCUGGGACCAUGCUCCCCACCAAGUUCAUGGAGGCCCAGAUGGACCUAUUUGGCGCUCACGGAUACAACAAGCCCGGCGUCAAGGGCGAGGACCCGGGGCCAGUGUCCAAGGGGGCUCAUCACUACGACUUGCAACCCGUCCGCAUUGCCGUCAUUGGCGGUACGGGCUUGCGCGAACUCCCUGGGUUCACUCAGGUCGCCUCCCUCAACGUCAACACCCCCUGGGGCACCCCCUCCUCUCCCAUCACCAUCCUGCACCACAAGUGCUCCCACAACAACAAGACCGUCGCCAUUGCCUUCCUCAGCCGCCACGGCGCCCACCACCAGAUCGCUCCCCACGAGGUGCCCGCCCGUGCCAACAUCGCUGCCCUCCGCUCCAUCGGUGUCCGCACCAUCAUCGCCUUCUCCGCUGUCGGCAGCUUGCAAGAGGCGAUCAAGCCCCGCGAUUUCGUCAUCCCCGACCAGGUCAUUGACCGCACCAAGGGCAUCCGUCCAUUCACUUUCUUCGAGGGCGGCGUCGUUGCCCACGUGCCGUUCGGCGACCCCUUCGACGAGGGCGUUACCAAGGUCGUGCGAGCCUGCGGACACAGUUUGGAGGGUGAGGGCGUGGUUCUCCAUGACCGGGGUACUCUGAUCUGCAUGGAAGGACCUCAGUUCUCGACCCGCGCCGAGAGCAACAUGUACCGCUCCUGGGGUGGCAGCGUCAUCAACAUGUCCUGCCUGCCCGAGGCCAAGUUGGCCCGUGAGGCGGAGAUCGCCUACCAGAUGAUUUGCAUGUCCACCGACUAUGACUGCUGGCACGAGUCUACCGCGGACGUGACCGUGGAGAUGGUGAUGGGCCACAUGAAGGCCAAUGCGGAGAACGCCAAGCGCUUUGUGACGGCUGUGCUGGAUGCUUUGGCUUCGGACGAGCACAGCGAGCUGGUGCAGGCCAAGCAUGUCGAGGGCUCCAUCAAGUUCGGACUCAGCACUGCUCAGCCCAACUGGAGCCCGGAGGCCCGUGAGCGCAUGAACUGGCUCUUCCCCGGAUACUUCAACUAGCGGAUAGAUAGACAUUUAUAGGAAUGAAUUAUGAUAAUAGACAAGACAUUCUGG